CCUCGAUUAAAAGUAGAUUAUUUUAUUCGAUGUUCACGUAAAAUGGACAAUCUUCAUAUUGAGCACCUAACUAGCGUUUGCCCGCCCGUGAAUGUCUUUCGGGAACAGUUCGGUUUUCGGGAUGAAGGGUACCCUAUAUCCUUAUCUCUACUCUGUAACUACACGAUGCAAAUUUCAAGAAGACUGAUUAAGUACCAAUAUAAAACAUGAAGUUGACAAAUUUAAUAUUUUUAGGAUAAUAUUAGUUAGGAUUAGGAUAGCUAGGUUAUAAUCGUCGAUCUUUGAUCAAAUUGACAUAGACUUCAUGUUGAGUACGAAUUACGAAGGUGCGAAGUAGUUUUCCUAAAUAAACAGUGAUUGCUUACAUUGAAACAAUUUAUCAGCUAAUCCCCAAUUAAUAGAUAAACAAACGUCCUGAUUGGAAUUAAUAAAAUAUCCCUUAAUGCCUGAUAAACUAAUACUGAUUACACUAUCAUUCGUUGUUUGAAUUCCGAAUUGCGAAGUUGUGAAAAUGGCGGACAGAAUAAAGAAAAAGCCUUCAUUCUUUACUCUGAAGCGUUGGAACAGUCAGAAAAAAAUUGAUGCUGGAACGCCACCGAUGUCUCCAAUAACACCAACACCUAUCGGUCCUCCUAGAAGCCCCUCGUCCAUGCCAGCUAAUGUUGUCUCAAGAGUAGCUAACUCAACAGAAUCAAGACCUAGGCAGGGUUCAAUCUCAGGUAUCAAGGAACUUAUACAAUGCCCGCUAUGCUUGGAAGCACUUCACAAUCCAAAAAUGCUGCCGUGCCAACACACUUUCUGUCUGGCGUGCCUUAGUGUUCUUGUAAAUGGUCCGAUCAUCGAAUGUCCAAUAUGCCGGUCCAAGGUCGAAGUGACUGGGUCAAAUUUCCUAAACAGUCUGCCAUCGAACCUGUACAUAGAUUCGCUACUCCAUAUAGUCGGUGUGACCAACAAGAGCGUUGACCCUAAGGCUGAAACUCCACCGACUCCUACUGUGAAUGGUAUGAGUGUGGAGCUGUACGCGGCUGGUGUGCGUUGCUCUAACUGUCAAAGCAUGUGUGAUAGCUCGGACACGACUAAUUGUCAACACUGCAAAUUGAUUUUUUGUCGGGUAUGCUGGUCUCAGCAUUUAGACGAUAUGAGGACUCAAGUAGCGUCUAUAUUGAAGCAACUGGAUUCCGCUGCCAGGAGGCUGGAGCACAAAAUGGAACAUUUCAAGGAUCGCUGCGAACGAAUCACAGAACAGAUUAAGCUAGCAGCACAUGAGAAAAUCAACGCCAUCAUGGAGUCAAGAGCCCAUUUAUUACAAGAGACGGAUGCCCUGCAAAAAUCUGGAGAUCUCUGCGCUUUAGCGCUCAAAACAUCACUAGAAGAGGCCACGUCAGUCGCAAAACAUGCAAUGACUUCGAAGUCAACUGAUGACAAAAUGACGGUGAUGACAUUCGUGAAUCUGCACCAAAACGCGUUACAAAUACUGUUGGACGUGUCCAAGUGGGACACGGAGCACUUCAUGUUCGACAAGGAGAACUUCCGCAUAGAAAAGGACGCGGCCACGCCUCGCGACGCCGAGUCCGAAGACCCCAUGCCUGAUGGCUUCAAGCAGAAUGACCCGCUUGAGAGCGAAACCAGCUUAAUACAACAUUAUAGAUCCCGCAACUUCAUUCCUCACUAUACAUGGAAGAAGACAUCGCGGCCUUGCGGCGUCGGCAUCGCGCCCUGGAGCGGCCAUCUUUACAUCUGCGGCAUGGACUCUCACUGCGUGAUGGUUGUCGAACGAUCGCAAGCUAAAAUCGUGACGAGAUUGACCCACGAAGAUAUGCUGUGUCCCGUACAAAUCGCCUUUAUGAAGAGCUUGGGGGAAAUUUAUGUUACUGACAAAUGGAAGCACUGCGUGCACGUGUUCUCGCGGGAGGGCGAGUACCUCCGCAGCCUGGGACAGAAGGGCAGCCGCGAGGGCAUGUUCCGCUCGCCCGAGGGCGUCGCCACUGACAACGCGCACAACCAUAUCUACGUCGUGGACACCGGCAACGACAGGAUACAGGUUAUCCAACCUGACGGAAAAUUCGUAGAUUUCUUCGGGGUGACAACGAAACGGCAGAUCAAUCCCAGCAAAGUUUGGGAGUUGACAUCGGUGACCUGCACAGAGUUCAACGCCCCCACCAGCGUCGCGGUCACCGCAGACAGAGUAGUCGUACUGGACAGCGGAAACCGACGAGUCAAAGUAUACAACAAAUUAGAUAAAGGAAAAAUAUUAGAAUUCGGCUCCAUGGGUCAGAGGAAAGGGCAGUUCCGACAAGCCGAAGUGCUAGCUGUGGACCCGAUGGGAUUCAUUCUAGUUGGUGAUUCGGGAAAUUGCAGAGUACAGGUUUUUAAGCCUAAUGGACAACUUGUUAGAGUGUUUGGACGCAUGGGGUCCGAACCUGGCAAGUUCGGGUGGAUAUCCGGUAUCCACGUCACUAAGCAGUUGGAUAUCAUUAUCAGUGAUACAAAAACGCAUACUGUUAACUUUUUCUAGAAUAUAGAUAUGUUGUAAGCGAAAAUCAACGCCGGCAUCUUGUAAGAAGUCUUAUAUCUUAUACAUUUUGUAAGGUUACUUGGAAAAUAAUUAUAAAGAAAUAUUAUAUAUCGCAAUAUGGAAUGGUGAACAAUAAACAUACUUUUUGUAUAACAAUA